AUGACGAAGGAUCUGGUGCAUUUCGUGUAAAUUUAUGCUACCACGCGGUUUCCCAAAAAGUUUUUUCACUGUUUCCAAGGUGCGAAAUAUUUUGUGAUCAUGUAUUCACAAUCGGUUGUGGUAGCCAUUUUUGGAAUUAUUUUAUCUGUUGUUAACAGUGGACUUGCCCUUCAAUGUUGGAAAUGUUCGUCGGACUUCGAUAUUACUUGCAGGGAUCACUUCAACGUGACAAGGAUACAGCAAAACAGAAGAUAUUUCGAACAAAUUAACUACAGUGGGAGGCAACAGGCUGCCGGCAACAAUCCUCAAUUGAUACAUUGCGAUGAGAUGUACACCUCCAGCAAUUAUGACACCAUUAAUGUUUGCAUGAAGAGGGAACACACCACGCCCGAUGGUAAAAAAGUGGUGAACAGAGAAUGUCAGCUGGUGUCGAGGAGCCUGAAGGCCGGACAAUGUCCGCCGGAAAUCUACCAACGGUUCCCGGACAUAGAUUUCUGUCAAACUUGCAAUUACGACGGAUGCAAUUCGGCGACCGGUUUGAAAACUAACUUGAUGGCCGCCUGUGUGCCACUGGCACUCCUUCUGUUUCUGCGAAAAUGAAGUUCAGAAUUUUUUUUCUCCAAUUGGAAAACAUGAAUAAUGUAUUUACUUAAUAUUAUAAAUUAUAAGACCCACCGAAAUGUAAAUAGAUAAGAGUAGAUGACAAGUUAAAUUGUAAUUGUGUUAAGUAACUUAUGUACCUAAUUGAAUAAUAAAUAAACGUGUUUCUAUUCA